CCCUAGCGCAUGCGUGUUGCAGCAAAAACAUCCAAAAUGGCGGUUGUGACGACCUGACGAAAGUGGAAAAGCGAAAAUAAGUCCCCAAACCCCACGAUAUCGACCCAGAACUUGCUUAUUAGCCUAAAGGAUACAAUUAAGACACCAUGUUGGACCUGGAGGUCGUUCCUGAACGAUCGCUGGGCAAUGAACAGUGGGAGUUCGCGCUAGGUAUGCCAUUUGCACAAGCCGUGAACAUCUUAAAGAGACAAUGCGGAAGUAUCAAGGAUGUUCAAGUCUUGUACAGUGACACGAACCCACUUGGUAUGGACCUGGUGUUGAACUUGACUCAGGAUGGGAUAAGGCUUAUCUUCGACCCCAUGGUGCAGAGACUUAAGAUCAUAGAGGUAUAUAACCUUAGCAAAGUCAAGUUGAAAUAUUGUGGAGUCCACUUCAACUCCCCCCAUGUACAGCCCACCAUAGAACAGAUAGACCAGUCCUUUGGAGCAACCCACCCUGGAGUGUACGAUGCUGCUCGUCAUGUCUUCAUGUUGAACUUCAGGGGCCUUUCCUUCUCCUUCCCCAUAGAGUCCAAAUUUGAGCCACACUACACACAUGGACUUGGGUCUCUCCAGUUCCCAAAUGGAGCCUCCCCAACAGUAUCUCAGAUGUGCAUCUACACGGGAAACUCACUGGCUGAUACAAAAGCCCCUCCCAUGCCCCUGUCUUGUUUCCAUGGUAACUGUUACCCGGAGACAGUGGAGGUACUGAGAGACCACAACGGUCCAACAGGGCUGAAGGUGCAGCUAGCUAUAGAAGGAACAGGACCAGGUCAUGUAUCAGAAUUAAGAAGAAAAACUCUAGAAAGACUGGUGAUGUUUGGAGACUCUGCACAGGAAGUGACCAGUUACCUCGGCUCUCCUAGCAAGGUCUUCUACAAGAGUGAAGAUAAGAUGAGAAUCCAUUCCCCCUCUCCCCGGAAACUGGCUCCGUCCAAGUCGUCUGACUACUUCUUUAAUUAUUUCACACUUGGGCUGGAUGUGUUGUUUGAUGCAAAUACUCAUCGAGUCAAGAAAUUUAUUCUACAGACCAACUUUCCAGGGCAUUACAACUUCAACAUAUAUUACCGCUGCGACUUCAGGAUCCCAAUUAAGAAAGAUUUCAGCUCUGAUGUACAGGACGACACCUUUACUAUCACACCUUACACAAAGUGGGACAGUGUGCAGGACUUUCUGUACAAGCCGGUGGAGAAACCAGUCGUUCUGAACCGGGCGUCUACAACCAACACCACCAACCCUUUCGGUUCCACCUUCUGCUACGGUUGCCAGCAUAUGAUCUUUGAGGUGAUGUCCAAUAACCACAUAGCAGCAGUCACUGUCUACCAGCCCAACAAACCCGGGGUGUGUGAUGACCGAUGACCUUACCAAGGACCAAACAACAGGAACAAUACAUGCAUCUGUGAAAUUAACCUUCUAGUUGCUGAGGAAGUCUUUUGGCAUCAAGUUUGUAUUAGUUAUGGGGUUAGGCAGCAGAGAGAAGGUUAACACAACGUGUGAUGUCGUUGAACAGUGCAGAAAGACAAAUUUCAACGUUUCUCCAAACAAGAGCAUGUUAAACUACUGUACUUAUAUGUAAAAGAUGACAGUUAUAGUGCAAUUGCAGAUUUUACGCCUCUGAAAGGGAUGAGCAUUUCCCCCUUCAUGUACGGAUUAUGACUCAGUAUAAUGUCAUGUACUAGUAUGUCAUUCAAGAAAUCUUAAACAUUAAGACUUUAUGCCUGAGCAAAGUGGUGUUACAAAGAAAUGUUGCAUGGAGACAAGAACUGAUCAGAACUUGUGGAUGAAUUGUACAGAAGAAAUUAUACUGAUCUGGCAAACAUGUGCACAUGUAGUUAUGAUAUACAUAUAUAUACAUGUAUGUAAACAUGAAAAAAGUGUGAGUUUUUCUUCACUGUACUGUGUCAGGAGGAGGUAGUAUUUCAGACAUUUAGGAUCAACCCUUAGGCUUCGUUUGUUCAGUCUUAUUUCCUGCCUAGUAGUAUGAUACAUUGGUUAUUUUGGAUGUUCAAAAAAGGGGCUAUGUUAUGCAGAU